AUGGCUGUGACCAAUGAUAGGACCCCCAGUAGCAUUAAACACUUUGCAUGGAUCAGCCGCAUCAGGUCAAGUGAUGGUAAAGUCAAGUGUGACAGCGUGGCAGACGUACAAGAAACACAGCUGGUGAUUUGUGAACUUCAGGAUAUCCAACCUACGACCAAAAUCGUUGCUGAAAUUCAGAAAACAAGAGACGAACAUUUUUUUAAAUUAAAAAAUAAUUCAGAAUUUAUUUAUCACACUGACUUGACCAGCAGUUUUUUGCUUUCAACCUCAAAUCACAGAAAAUACACCGCUGAAAUACAGCUACUGCUGUUUGUCUGUAACCACCACAACAGUGUUCCUUAUACUUUAGUCUGUGACGGAUACGAAGAUUGCUAUGACGGCAAAGACGAGGAGGUUUGCGCCAAGUUUUCAUCCAGCUCUAGGCUGUCCGCACACAACCAACCGUGCAAAACAAAAAUCGAGUUUUCUCCAGAACAUUUCUUCUCUGAUGAGCAACGUUGUGACGGGCACCUCGAUUGCCCCGAGGGUGAUGAUGAAGCGGGUUGUGAUGACGUCUGCUUGGAGACCUUGUGUGACGACGGCACGUGUCUACCGAGUCAGUGGUUCACAAACUCGAGUCGUGCGUGUAGGUUCAUUUUGCCAGUCAACGGAGUUACAAACUCUUCUUUAAACCUAACUCAUAGCAACAAUUGUUCAGAGUUUUGUGACGAUGGACCUUGUGUCUACCCGAAGGAACUUGCUCAAGGGAUCGUGUUCUGUGAUGACAAAUACAUGGACGGAAAUUCUUGUAGUAAUGUUCUUGAAAAUAAAACCUGGGCAGCUCGUUGCAUUCUUCUAAAAGGACGAUUUAACACUAAAUUAGGUUGUUUGGAUUUGUCGCAUCUAGAUAACUGCGAGACGUUCAAUUGUCCAGAAGGUUUGUUUAAGUGUCCUAGCUCCUAUUGUAUUCCUGUGUAUAACCUUAACGAUGGCUAUCCAGAUUGUCCCUUUGGAGAGGACGAAGAUGUCCAAAUAGUUUCUGAAAAUCUUUUUCAAUGUAUUGCCAUGGAUGACUCUAAGAGUAUAUACAUCCUGCCUGUUCACGUAUGUGACAACAAGACACAUUGUCCUCGCGGUGAUGACGAGCUGGGCUGUCACGUGACAUGUCCUGCAGGGUUCCAGUGUCUCGCUGGCACGGUCAACCCCGUCAUACACCCCGACAAAAUUAUCCUAACCAGUCUCAGUGAACUCCACACCCACACCAAAUUUUUAAACUUGUCUGGCGUUGAUUUAUCCCGUAUACGAGGCCCGGGUAUCCCUGGGGAUUUCUGUUUCGCCCCACAGGACGCUUUUUCUUCGUGUGAAGAUCUUCUAGGCGACCAAGUCAAGCGGAUACUGUUGUGGAUCCUGGCUGUGGUGUCUGUGGGUGGUAAUCUGACGGUCAUCGGGUUUAGGUUACUGUUAGAGAGACAACUUAUCACAAAAAGUUAUCGGUUAUUCAUAACGAACCUCAGCAUAUCCGACCUUAUCAUGGGGUUGUAUCUGUUUAUCAUAGCCGGAAAUGACGUCUACUACCGAGAAGAUUACGUCAUGUAUGAGUCAGAAUGGCGUCACAGCUCUCUGUGUACAGCUGCUGGUUUCCUAGCAACUCUCUCGUGUGAAACGUCAGCGUUGUUUGUGCUGCUCGUCACACUAGAAAGGUAUUUGGUCAUAAGGUUCCCACUUGGUCCGUACAGGAUUAAACGCGUCAAAAAGUAUUUCUUACUUCUUGUGUCCUGGGUAGUUGGCGUCGUUUUGGCCGUUGUUCCUUUGGUGUACCCAGAUUGGGGCGUUUAUUCCUCUAACGGCAUGUGCCUUGGCUUGCCAAUGACACGAAACCAAGAAUCAGGAUGGGCGUAUUCAUUGGGGGUGUUCUUGAUUUGUAAUUGCAUCUUAUUUAUUUUAAUAGCCGUGGGUCAGUUGGCCAUAUUUCAGGUCAUGUCUCGUGAAAAGACACAGCUUCACACCGGCGCCCUCAGUUUAGCCAAGCGAAGACGUGAGAUCAUGGUCGCCAAAAACUUGUCCCUGGUUGUCAUGUCCAAUUUCCUCUGUUGGUUUCCUAUCUGCGUCAUUGGUCUAAUGACCGCGCGUGGUCACACGUUCAGUCAGCAGACGUACGGCUGGCUGGCUGUGUUUGUACUGCCGCUAAACUCGGCCGUUAAUCCGGUUAUCUACACACUUCCGGUUGUCUACAAAAAGUGGGAGGAUUUUAAAAACGGAAAAACGAAGAACAAUUCUUGUACUGAGGUUACCACGACCUGA